GGCAGCGGAGAGUGACAGCUGCGGCAGCCAAUCAACUUCGAGGAACUCGAUCUCGCGGCCAAUCAGAAGUUCGGAGACCCGGGACCGUCGCGGGUCUGUUCGGUUCGAGCUCCUUCAGUGAGACUACYCCGCUCAACGUUUUCAUGAGGAAAUCUUAAGACACAUCAAACAGCGGGGAUUGUAGAGAGACUGCGACUUCGAGUUUUAACGGGUCGGGCCGCCCUAACCGCCACACCUCACCAUGCCUUUGGUGACGAGGAACAUCGAGCCACGGCACAUGUGCCGCCAGACCAUCCCCUCCAACAUCCGCAGUGAGCUGGAGUGUGUGACCAACAUCAGCCUGGCCAACAUUAUCCGGCAGCUCGGCAGCCUCAGCAAAUUUGCAGAAGAUGUGUUUGGGGAGCUGUUUGUGGAAGCUGGGGCAUUUGCCAUGAGAGUCAACUCGCUGGGGGAGAGAGUUGAUCGUCUGCARGUUAAAGUCACCCAGCUGGACCCCAAAGAAGAAGAAGUUUCUCUGCAGGCCAUCACUUCCCGUAAGGCCUUCCGCAGCAGUCUGACCCAGGACCAGCAGCUGUUCACCAGACCCUCUCUGCCGGUGCCUGUGCAGGAUACCUACGAGACCUGCAAUCCUCCUCCACCUCUCAACCAGCUCAGCCAGUACCGGGAGGAUGGGAAGGAGGCCCUGAAGUUUUACACCGAUCCCUCCUACUUCUUUGACCUGUGGAAGGAGAAGAUGCUGCAGGACACCAAGGACAUCAUGAAGGAGAGGCGCAAGCACAGAAAGGAGAAGAAGGACCAUCUGAACCCACGGACGGUUAACGUUCGUAAGAUCAAGACCAGAAAGGACGAGUGGGAACGCCGUAAGAUGGGCGAGGAGUUUGUCGUGGCAAAGAAUGACACAAACUCUGAGGGUCUGAACGGCAGUAUCGGAUCAGGGGAUGGCUUUAAUUCUGAAGCUCUUGAUACGAGUACCAACUCCUACUCUUAUGAUCCCAGCUCCCCUAUGUCUCCGACCAGUCCUGAUGACUUCCUGCCUCCUCCACCCCCAGACACGGGGUAUAACGAUGGACAGUAUGGAGUACCGGCACCGAAGCGCAGCAGCAUGAUGAGUCCGACCCACCCUCCUCCGGCUCCCCCCAUCGCCUCCUCACCACCCCGUCCAGGUCUCGCUCCUCCCCCCGCACCUCCUCCCCCUCCACCACCCUCCGGUUUCGGGGAGCCCCCACCUCCACCUAGCUUUGGUGCCCCGCCGCCUCCACCGCCUCCUUCCUCUGGCAUGUCAUAUCCCUCUCCCCCUGCUCCCCCUCCUCCACCCGAUAUGUCUGCAGCCGUCCCCCCGCCGCCUCCCAUCGCUUCGGGUGGCGGGCCGCCGCCGCCUCCUCCACCUCCUCCGCCCCCAGGGCCACCACCUCCUCCUUCUUUUGACAAUCCCAGCGCCCCACCUCCUCCCCCCAGUGGUGGAGUGGCACCCAGCUCUGCUCCCAAACCUCAACCAGCUCCACCCAGCGAUGGUCGCAGUGACCUCCUGCAGGCCAUUCGGCAAGGUUUCAACCUGCGUAAGGUGGAAGCACAACGGGAGCAGGAGAAGAGCGAUCACUUUGGCAACGACGUGGCCGCCAUCUUGUCUCGUCGUAUCGCCGUGGAGUGCAGCGACAGCGAGGACGACUCCUCGGAGUUUGACGACGACGACUGGUCCGAGUGAUCGCCCUCUGUUUUCAUCGUCACUACUACCAUCCUCCCUUAGUCUUUAUCAACAUCUGCGCGUUACAAAGCACAGGUAGUACGAAGAGUAUUGUAGUGUUUUGAGAUCACAUUCCUCGACCAGUUUAUUUCCAUUUAUUCAAACUUACUCAUCGGGUGCAAAGGUCCAAAGAAUGAGUGUCUGCUUCUUGUUUACCUUCACUUUUCUGGGCAACACACAGCUGUUGAUCUAACAGUAUUAUAUGUGAUGUGGUGCCUUUUUAUCUAUCGAGCAUCUGCUUCAACACAUCGACUCCAUCUUUGUUUUAGUGCCUGGGAUCAGAAGGUGUCGCGCUUUAGGCCAAACUAAAAGAUUAUGUAAUCAAUUCAAAGUUUACAUUUUAAUUGUAAUUACCAAAGUUAAUUAUAUCACUUGUUCUGAGGUCCUCUAGUUUGUCUUUUCUUUUCUUAACUUGUUGUGGUGCCCAUAGGAACAAAUUAUUUGUCAUAGCUCAUUAAUAAGCUGUUAAAUUAAUGAUUCAUUAUAAUAGAAGAGGUGCUGAUUUAAAUCUGACACCAAAAAUGUUCAAGAAUGCCACGAUGCUGAACUUAUGCAAACAUUUUCCCUUAAUUCUAAAUAUUUUCUAAUAUAUUUUAGCCAUGUUGUGAUUUUU